AUGAACUGCGCAGACGACUUGACCGCCGUAGACAUCGACGAAGCCCAGCCAGGCUCGCUCCAGGCGUCCUCGUCGACCUCUUCGUCAUCCUCCCUCUUCCCGCUCAUCGAAUUCCACCUCUCCCACGCGCUCAACGUCAAUGACGCCGUGCAAGAUCCGCUCAAGCGCGUGCUGAGACCACUCGACUCGAAGGACGCGGUUCUAACCAACGACGAGCUGGUCGGGACAGAGCACGAGGCGGGCGCAGGCGACGGAGGCGUGUGGACGGCUGGGUGUAUCGAGACGCAGGACGGCGACGACGAGUUGCUCAUACAUGUCCGCUUCUCUGAACUCGUACGGAUCAAGUCCAUCUUGAUCGGCACAGGCGGCGGCCGCCUCUCGACCUCUCCCUGCCUCUGCCGCGCCUGGGUCAACCGAGGUCCGUCGGGCAUCACGUUCGAUGAGGCCUCCUCUGCAACACCAAAACCAGCACAAGAGUGGGAGUUGCUGGAGAGCGAGGGAGGCGGGCGAGGGGCGGUCGAGUACCCGGUGCGGAUAGCGAGGUUCGCCAAUUGCAGCGACAUCGACCUGUACUUCGCCAAUACACGCAGCGAGCAGUCACGACUGUUCUACCUGGGCUUCCUUGGCGAGUCGCGGGUGCUGAAGAAGGAGCCAGGCGACCCGAUGACGAUCGGCGCUGAGAACGCGGCAUCGUCCAUGGUCGACGGCGCGAAGGAGGAGAAGCGAGGCGGCACGACCACUUCCGCCCGCUAG